AUGUUCACCCUUUUCCGCGACAAUCAAAAAACACUUGCGCUUCCCGGUCCGGUUAACCCCUGCAUGCUUCUCAUCCGACAUUUUUUCUCCAAAUGAGGGGUUGUCAGGUGUUCGUACCUGCUGUGGUCACUCUCGGAAUACUCGUCUCUUCUGUGUGUUGUCAAAAUGUGAACUCGAGUGAGAUUCGGACUGAGUUAAACGGCUCUGCCGCUGAUUUCGGAGCUUUCAGAAAGCAGUUUCACCGCUUGUAUGAAGUCAGCAGCGAGGAAUUUAACCGUCGUCAUCUCAGUUUUCAGAGAGCUGGAAAACGGCACACAUACCUGAACUCGUUUUCCACAGAACCGCAGUCGGCCAAGUACGGCGUCAACCAGUUCUCUGACCUUUCACAGCAGGAAUUCAGAGAGCUCUACCUGGGAGCGGUCUAUGAGAGAGCGCCUCUCUUCUCUGGACUGAGUAUAAAGGAGCUCCCAGACAAAUUUGACUGGAGGGACAAAGGAGUUGUGGCACCGGUCCAGGACCAACAAGCGUGUGGGAGCUGUUGGGCUUUUAGUGUGGUUGGUGCCAUACAGUCUGUCCAUGCCACAGGAGGCUCACAGCUGGAGCAGCUCAGCGUGCAGCAGGUUGUUGACUGUUCCUAUGAAAAUGGAGGCUGCAAUGGAGGCUCCACAAUCCGGACUCUGAACUGGUUAAAACAGACCAGAAUGAAGUUGGUAACUCAGUCAGAGUAUCCCUACAAGGCCAAAACCGAAAUCUGCCAUUUUUUCUCCCAGUCACACGACGGGGUCGCCAUAAAGAACUUUACGACACACAGCUUCAGUGGUCAAGAGGAGGCAAUGAAAGAUCAGCUAGUACAUUAUGGUCCUUUGGUUGCUAUUGUGGAUGCUGUCAGCUGGCAAGAUUACCAGGGAGGCAUCAUCCAACACCACUGCUCCAGCCAGUGGUCCAACCAUGCCAUUCUGAUUGUUGGCUAUGACACUACUGGGGAUAUUCCGUACUGGAUUGUGCAGAACUCCUGGGGAACGAGAUGGGGAAACGAGGGCUAUGUUUAUAUAAAAAUAGGUGGUAACAUCUGUGGUAUUGCAGAUUCAGUGGCAGCUGUUUUUCUUUGACAACAAUGCCUGUAUGAGUCAGUGUGUGUGUGUGUGUGUGUGUGUGUGUGUGUGUGUUUUUGUGAGUAAAUAUCUGUGUGAUCACCAGUGCCAAAAUUCAAAUCAUUCAUCUGUUUGCCUUCAAGUACCACUUUAAAUGUUUUUAUUGAGAUGUAAGCACCACUAAAACCAAAUAAAUGACUUCAUACUGCUGGCAAGUGUUGAA